AUGUUAAAUUCGAAUACUAAAUAGCAAAGCUCAAUAGAUAUGAAGCAGAAACUAUUAAAUAUUUUAUCAGAGAAAAAUAAUCAAGUAACCACCUAGUAGUAAGCAUGCUCAAGUUUAGAUUAUUAUUCAUUGUAAAAGAAAUUAUCGUAACGAUCUCUCAAAUUACCUGUUGAAAUGACCAAAUUUGAAAGGGAAAGGUGGCUUUUUGAAAUGCUAACCAAUUAGGAUCUUACAUAAUAAGUAUUAGUAUAUUGAAGAAAGUUAAGGAGAAAGAAUUCAAGGAAAUAUAUGUAAGAACAACCAAAUUAAUUACAAGGUAUCGAAAUAAAGAGAUCAAAAGGAAUUCAAAAAGAGAAGCGUUAUAAAAAGAAAUCGGUUUACUUCGACUUUUAUUAUAAUAAAAUUGA